UCUUAUGAUCGUUGUUAAAGUUACAGGUACCUAUUGAUUUUUUCAAUCGAAUCAUAGACAAUUUAAUCCGUAAUUCAGUAUCAGUAUUCCUUUGGUAUUCUUCUGUAAUUGUAGUGGUCUACAGUUUGCGGUGUGGUUUGUAAAAGCAAUUUCAUUAAACUGCACAGAAACAAAUGAAAAGUUUAUAACUACAAAAAAAUAAUGCUAAAUGCUACCUUUCUUGACAUUUAAAUUUCUAUCAGUCUUGAAUCAGUGUCGUGGUAUCGUGUUUAAAUUUCUACAUACAUAGAAGUUAACAUAUUGAAAAAAUUAAAAUGCUAAAAUUAGUAAUGGAAUGUUUCUUUUCUCCUCGCUUAUUCAGAAUCUAUGGACAAGGUCAAGGUCUGGAUGUGGGCAUUUACGAACCUUUGGGGCCAGAGAAUUUUGCCAACAAGAUUAUAUCUACAGCACGAACAGUAUUCAAUGUUAGUAUUUACACAUCACCAUUUAUUUGUAUGUAUAUAUAUAAAAGAGGAUUUUUGUCAUGGGAUGAAGCUCGGUUUCUGACAUGUGUCUUUGGGGGCCUCGGAUGCUUUUUAGCAUUUACAUACUUAAUGAGAGCUAUUGGCAGGGCUUGUAAUCCCAAGUAUGUUGAAUUUCUGAAUAACAUCAAUACACCAAGCGACGAUCACAGGGCUUACCUUGAAAGAAUUAGAAAAUAUGAUUUUGAAUUUUAUGCUUGGGCUCCUUCGUAUAAAAUGGAGCAAAUACCAAGCUCAACUUAUCUUGAGAACAAGCUAUUUAGCAAAUGUGCUAAUCCAGACUUACCAUACUAUCAGAAGGUUACCAUACAACUUCUGGCUUAUAUUGCUAUACAUACAUUUGCCCUACGCCUCAUCUAUCCAGGCACACUUUCCCUUAUCCAGAACAUGCUAUGGUUGUCUCUUGCUGAAGGGAGAGCACACCUUGUGGAAAUGUAUAAUGGAAAAAGAGCUAAGAUAAUAACAGCUGAUGGCAAUGCUAUUGAUACUAUGUUUGUAGAUAAUAGGCUUGAUUCAUCAAAAGGAAAUAUUCUUGUUAUUUGUAGUGAGGGAAAUUCAGGUUUUUGUGAAAUUGGAAUAAUGACUACUCCAAUUAAGGCAGGAUAUUCAGCGCUUGGGUGGAACCAUCCAGGAUUUGCAGAAAGUACUGGCACUCCUUAUCCUCGACAAGAACAGAACGCUAUUGAUGCUGUUAUACAAUAUGCCAUUAAUGAGUUGGAAUUUGAGGUUGAAGAAAUUGUUCUUUUUGGUUGGAGCAUUGGAGGCUAUGCAUCCACCUGGGCAGCUAUUAAUUACCCAGAUAUCAGAGGAAUGAUUUUAGAUGCUUGUUUUGAUGACCUCUUGCCAUUGGCUCAAAACCAAAUGCCAAAAUCAUGGAAAUUAUUGGUAAAAGAAAUAGUACGGUCCUUUGUGAACCUAAAUAUUGCUGAAAUGCUGGAAAAAUAUCAUGGACCCAUACAGUUAGUGCGACGAACUGAAGACGAAGUUAUCUGUAUAAAACCAAACCAACUGGCAUCAAAUCGUGGUAAUUUUCUGCUGAUUGCAAUAUUAAAACAAAGACACCCUGAGUUAUUUGAAGAGGAGUCAGAUAAGCCUAUAAUGGAAAUACUGGAGACAUGCAUUGCUUUAUCAGAUCAGCAACGUAUUGUCAUGUCUUGUGGAGAGCUGCCUCAAAUCAAACGCAAGAUUCUGCCAAUGAUUUCCAGGUAUAUGCGCGAUUUUCGGUCAACACAUUGCACACCAUUGCCGGAAGACCAUUUCACAUCGAUAAUGGAAGUGAUUAUUAAUCGUUAAAAUAUUUAAUCAAUUGUUUAGAAUAUUUAUCUUCUUUUAUUACUACUAUUUUAACAGGGAGCUAUUAUAAACGUAUAAUAUAAAUGUUAUAAGAACAAAAAUAUGCUAAUUAAAUCAUUUCUGAAUAAGACCUAUUUAAAUUUAUAUUUAUGUAGUAGAAAGUCUUAUCACAGUAAUAAUAUGCUUUAUUUAAACAAUGAAUGUUUAGUGGUAUUGCUCAUAUUCAAAUACUAUAUUGGUGUGUAGUUACUCAAUUGUUGUCAAUACAUGUUUAAUCAAUGUAGUAAUUAAGAUA